AUAGAACUAACGUUGGCUCGUCUGACGUGUUGUUUUUCAUAGAGUCAGACAGAAAACCCCGUACCACAGGACGUUCAACAAGGACGUUAUUUUGCUGCUCAGUCCCUCAGACGACACAGUCGUCAAGCAGCGGAGGAAACAGCAAUUGUACAAAAGAGGGCAUAUAUUAAAUGCUUUCGAGUUCGAUAAAUCCUGGGACCAUGGGGCAGUUCUCCGGGAAAUACGUAACGCUUUUAAGCAGAAAAUUCCCGAAGAUGUGAGGUAUGUAGCGUUAACAUUAUAGCAGAGCCAGUCAGACUCCAAUUCACUGUAGUCUGUAUUCGGAGACCUUUACUUAUCUAAUUAAACGAUAAUGUUUUUUCCAAGAAGGACAAAUGCCCUUAAAGGGGUAGUUCGGAAUUUUGGACAUAGGGCCUGAUUCCCAAGUGAGCAUUGGUAUUCUAUAUCACUGGAGACAGUUUUCAACACAUUUCAUUCAGUCCUUUUAGUUGCAGAGUUCGCUCGUGCUAGGCUAGCGCACGGCAACGGACAAUACUAGCCUGCUAUUAAAAACAGUCUUACCCACUCCACAGUACACCCGAGGUAAAUCAAUUAUAACGCCAGACUAUUGAUUUAAAUGUCUGUGUUGAUAGAAUAAUGUUAGAAAUAAAACUAACCUUGCAUCGCAUGAAUCAUCGAGGGACUACUUUCUCAGCAGAAGCGGAAUUCUACUAUGCGCUGGUUAGGUGUGUAACCGAAUCACGACAGAAGAACGUAAACAGAAGCGUGGGACAGAACGACUAGGCAACAUGAUGGUUCAGUGUGCUUUUAGAAAUUGUAGAAAUAAACGGUACAGAUGGGCACCACAAAGUUUCCACCAAUUUCCAGUGCGAGAUCCAGAAAGGACUCAACUGUGGCUUGUUUCUGCUGGCUUGGACAUCAAAACACCGGCUCGUACAUGUACGGUUCGUUGGAUACAACAAAUUCCUCAUAAUCGUCUUCAAAAGCAGAUGCAUCGCUAACUCCUCCAAACGUGGGCGUAUCUUGUUAAUUGAAUACGCUUAUAGAAUUCCUUCGUUCACUGUACUCUGCGUUUGUAGCAAUGACAGCGGCAGGUAACCUAGGUAUCAGUCCGCCGCUGCCGUAGCCUACGUACAGGAAUAUAAACACUGCUGCUGAGACCCCGCAAUUCCCUCAAAAUGCAAUGCAAUGCAAGGUUGGUUUUAUUUCUAACAUUAUUCUAUAAACAGACAUUUCGAUUUAUAGUCUGUCGUUAUAAUUGAUUUACCUCGGGUGUACUGUGGAGUGGGUAAGACUGUUUUUAAUAGCAGGCUAGCAUUGCCCGUUGACGUGCGCUAGCCUAGCACGAGGGAACUCUGCAACUAGAAGGACUGUAUGAAAUGUGUUGAAACUGUCUCCAGUGAUAUAGAAUACCAAUGCUCACUUGGGAAUCAGGCCCUAUGUCCAAAAUUCCGAACUACCCCUUUAAGGUAUAGCUGUAUACAAUACAUACAUACAUCCUAGUAAGUAGAAGUGCUCCAAAAUAAACUUUCUUGUUAGCACACAUACAUUUUUAGAGCCAUAUACCCCAAAAAGGGAGCACUGUAGAGCCCUGGUUUAAGACAUCUAAACAGAAUUACUUUAUAAUUAAUACAUUCAUUAUUAGACUAUUUAGUUAAUUCCACCAAAAACAAUACAACAUUACACAAGAUUGUAUGGAUCUUCUUGCAUACAUUCUAGAAGUGUCUUCAACAUUCAAAAUGGCUAAUCACUGAUAUGUACUCAAUUGGUUUGCGCACAGCUGUGAACUACUGAUGGCCUGUGGCAACAAGCUGAUUGCACCAAUGUUGAGGGAUGGCCAGCCACUCGAUGCCAGUUUAAUACAUAAAAUUCUGAAAUUAAAGGCUCUAUAUGUGAGGCCCUCCAGACAACUUGAGCCUGAAAAUUCUGAUACAAGUUGCUGCGAAGAGGAGGAGGAGGACGUAGAGAUGGUGCGGUCAGUCGCCACCAGAGCAAGCGGUCUAUUCAACCCUGGCAGGGAUCAGCUGGACCACCCCACCAUGUCGGCGACAAGCAGCCUGGCACCGGCGAGCACCGUGGCCAGCAGCCUUGUUCCAGAGAGUACCCCACAAUCGACCACCACAAGUACCGAUUACAGAGCCUACCUUUCGGUUAUCGAUCUGUCAUCUGAUGAAGAUGCAGAUGAGGAUCUGUAUACUGCCUUAUCGGCCAGCAUGGAAGACCAGAUAAAAGAAAGUUCACCUGGAAGUGUCCCUGUACAAGAGAUUUUAUCUACGCUUGGUGAAAAGAUCAACCAUUAUCGAGUCAACCGGUUCAACAUAAACCGUGCUGCUGUGCUGGAUGGUGCCAUUCGGGGCUUUAAAAGAAUCUCGUUUGACCCGACACACAGGAUAAGUGUGAGAUUUUCUGAUGACAAAGGAACAAGUGAAGAAGCUGUGGAUCUUGGUGGUCCAAGAAGAGAAUUUCUUCGACUGCUUACAGAAGCUCUUGCACAGUCUUCAGUGUUUGAGGGAACAGAAGGGAACCUCAACUUGGCUCUUGAUUCAUCAGCUGUCAGAGAGGACCGAUACUUUGUUACAGGAAGGGCUAUUGCAGUAAGUCUGGUACAUGGAGGGCCUUCACCAAAUUUCUUGUCCCAAACAUUGUUUGACUGCAUAGUUCAAGGGCCAGAGAAAUCUAGACCAAACCUUGGGGACAUCGCCGACUCCGAAAUCCGUGAGAAAAUACAAAAGGUUUCAGAAUCAACAACUCUGGAGGAACUCACCCAGUCAACUGAACCUCUCCAAGACUAUCUUGCCAAUGCAGGCUGUCUGAAGCCACUGAAAAGUGUUGACGACAGGGAUAGGCUUGUGGAAGAUGUCUUGAUGUUUCAAGUCAUCAACCGAGUCCGUGGACCAUUUGAAAGGUUCAGAGAUGGGUUAAAAACGCUUGGAGUCCUGGAGCAGAUCCAGAAUCAUCCAGAAUCGUUCAGUCCAGUGAUGUGCUACAAUCCAAGGCCGCUGACCGCUGACCAGGUUGAUGGGCUGUUCCACAUCCGGUGGUCAGAGGAGGGGAGCAACCAGAAAAGAGAGGAGAGAACAGUAGUUGCUUUCUGGAGGGACUAUUUGCAAGAUGUUGAAGAGGAAGAUGGAUCAAAGAAGUUGGGGGACAUCCUAGCAUUUGCAACUGGAUCUGAUGCAGUACCACCAAUCGGCUUUUCUCCUCAACCAUCUCUUGAAUUUCUUCACCCUAGUGGUGGAGCAGCAAAGUUCCCUGUUGCCAACACCUGCAUCAGCUGUCUUCGACUGCCGAUCUACAGCACGUACGAUUGUUUUAAGACCAACAUGGACUUUGCAAUAAGAAACACACAGGGGUUUGGCAUGCCAUAGAUGAUGAAUUUAAAGUUCAAAAGUAUAAAAUGUAACAGUAUGUAAAAAGAAAAAAAAAAAAAUCUGACAUUUUGUUUAUUGUACAAUUACAUGGUAAUGUCGGUAUCCACUCCAAAAAUGUGUAUAUGUUGGAAAUUCAAAUUACUGAAUUCACACUAGACACAAGUUUGCUUACUUUGUUAACUUCAGUGGAUACAUUUCCUAGUAAGGGCUUACAUUUGUCCUGUUUGUUUGAGUAAGAAUGGAGCCAGUUUACUUGAUGAAUUUGUUUUUAUUGUCAAGUUUAAUUAAAGUGUACUUUACUUGUUGAAUGAGCUUGGGGGUUCUGUUGCAGAAUGUAGAUGUGUCCAAUCUACAUUUUUUUUAUACAGGUACAUUUACAUAUUAAUAAAUGUUCUAUGUAAUAAUAGCCCCAUCUCUUAAUUCAAGUUCAAGUUUAUUGACAUACUAGACAUCAACUAGCAACAUCAAUAUCAGUAGUGAAAUUCUUAGGCUAAGAGCCAACUCAACUUUGCACACUAGAGAAUCAUUCACUUAGUCCUCUGGGAUGUCUUGCUUGCAAAAAAUGUAAAAGAGACAGAAAUAAUUGUAUUCCAUGAUUUCCAUCAUUCAUUAAUGGGUCAAUUAAUUCUUGAAUUUCUUGCAUGGUACUGUUGCUUACAUGAACACUGUUUUCAGGAACCUCAAUAUUAUUCCUGCUCUCUACUGCAGGUAGCGGUUCACCAUUAUCAGUGCCUAAAUGUUGAUCAAUCUGAAACACACCACGUAUAGCUGUGUUGUUGCUUCCAAUAUGACUGACAACACCUCUAUGCCACAAUUGCAAUGGGGUUUGGCUUCCUUGGGUAGAGAGUCCAUGGUUAUUCCAUUGGCUCCUGAAUUCUCUUACUCCCCUUCGAACCCGAGGUAAGUAAAUGUAAUGCAAACAAAAUAAAUGAAGAUCACAAAGAGAGUCAAGUAUGCCUUCAUUUUCCAUAAACGUAAAUAAGUCAGAGAAGUAAUAAGAAACGACUCGGUUUAGUUCUGCCCAUAGCCUCUCUAUUCUUUGGUUGUGUACGCUGCGCCCCAUGAUCAUACUCCCUCUAUUCACCCCUCUAUUGUUCAGCAUGAAUCGGGCAACCUCUAUGUUUUCCCUUCCCUUUCCCUUCUUGUAAGAAUAGACCUGUCA